GGAAUGGUAGACGCAAACAAUUGCUUGUAUUAUUUGGCGGUUUCGAUAACGAUAAAAAGGGGAGGGAGGGCACGUGUCAUGUUACGUACGCAGUAAAAUAAAUAAAUUACCUUCACAAAUACAAGCCCCUGCACAGACGCAUACUCAAAGCAAGGCACGUCGCACAUUCCUGGCGUGUUGUCAAGGUGCUUGGAUUCGGGCAUCGACGGAGCUGAGUGCAUUGUCUGGAGUGGUUCACGUUUCUCUCUCGUGCAGCUUCCUGACGAGCCAUGCCCACGGAAGGUCAGGAAUCCUCCAGCGAAACAGCCACCGCAGAGGAGGAGGCGGUGGCACAGGAGGCGGCGUUACCGGAGGCAGCGGUGACACAUAUGCAACGCCAGACGUGGUGCUUCUGGGCAUUAGUUGUCACGGUGGUCGUAGGACCAGUGCUCUUUUCAGGGCUCUUUUACAUCUAUAUUCCGUACACCACCACGCAACCCCUCAGCUACUGGUAUCCCUGGAGACAACGCCCUGCCAGCGUGGGUUUUACGUUUCCCCGCAUCUUCCUGUGGAAUCCAGCGGACGAUGACAAUUGUCCGCCCGUGAGAGAUCGACUUCUGAUGGAAUGUGGCGAGUUCAACAAAACUGAAAAGCUUUGCUACAUCACAAAGGACCCUGUUUACCAUGUUGUCAGUGACGCCAUUGUUGUCGAAGCGUCUCGCUUGGAUCCUUACAAUCUGCCGAGGCACCGGCACCCGGAACAGUGGUGGGUGUACUCUACCUUGGCUGGAGAACCCGCUAAGUGGUCAAUGCCUUUCCGUCGCGUUUCUGAACUGUUUAACUGGACUAUGUCAUAUAGAGACGAUGCGGACGUCGUCGUUCCCUACACCACGUGGCGGAAUCGCUCAGAUUUAGUUUCAAUGCGCCGCGAACUUCUUCUCGAGGCUAUUGAUGCGAAAUCUAAAAGCAUUGCCUGGUUUGUAAGCACGUGCGAACAGCCGCUGCGCCGUAACGCUGCAGGGAUCCACUACCAUCCUCUGCCCAGAAGCUCGGAAAAUUUCAUGGUACAUAUCAACCAAACGUUCGACGUUUUCAUGUUUCCUGAUUGUGGCCACCCAUUGUGCAAUUCCCUUGAGGAGUGUAUGCAGAUGGUGGCCAAGGACUUCUACUUUGUAUUCGUUCUCGAGACUUCUCCCUGUUUCCAUCACCCGUUGCAGAUGAUAUCCGCCGCCUUUCAUUACAACAUCGUUCCCGUCUACUUCGGCAAGACAGCCCUCGGAGAUACGGUGCCCCAGGGGUCCGUUUACGACACAUCGCAAGAGCCGACCGCAUUCGAUAUUGUCGACAAGCUCAACGUCAUGCGUGACGACGUGCACACGUAUGUGUCGUACUUUACAUGGAAACAGAAGCUACACGAGUUCUCGGUCCACCCAAUGUGCGCGCUCUGCGACGCUCUGUACGAAGCUGCCGAGAACUCCACUGCCACUACCGACAUCUUCUCCUGGUGGCGGCGGCGCCCAGAGUGCGACUACGUCAUUCCAAGUCCAGGUGGUUCCAUCAUUAAUGCGAAGCUCACCGCACACGGAAUAAUUUUUGUGCCUGAGGAAGAGAUGGAAAUUCCUGGUCGCAUUGUUAGGCCUCCUAAAGCGCAACGUACCGCUACUACAACAGCAAGUCCUCUCCCAUUAGAUGAAGUCAACGAAAACUUGGGACAUGACCACGACGACACAUUGUAAGGGCGCAUUGUUGCAAAUUUUUUUCGCAUUCCUUUCGUCUUUUAUAUAAUUGCACCCACUUCGAUAGUUCUUUUUCACCGUGCAAAUAAACUUUUUAUCUGCCCAA